GGUCUACCAAUCGCUGCAACAUAGCAACAUGUAUAUAAUCAUCACACACACACAUGCUCGGUUCAGAUGCAUUUCACUCCAAACAGAAGAAAGCUUUGACACACUCCAAACAUGAACGUGAAAACUGCUCUGCUUUUUCUUCUCUCAGCUCUUUCUGGGAGUUAUUCUCUUCUCCCUAGGAAAUUCUAUUAUGAACCUAAAACAACAUUGUCAUGGACGCUAGCUCAGACUGAAUGCAGACAGAAAUACACAGAUCUGGCUUUUGUGAACAGUAAGGCGGAUCUAGACAAAAUGUCUGCAAUCUAUGUGAAUAAUUAUAUCUCAUCCUCUAGCUGGAUAGGGGGUUCUAAUUUGAAUUCGGAUUCACAAAACACUACGCAGAUUGACAGUUCCCCACAGGACAGAAUAAAAUGCCCUGCAAUCGACACUCACUCCUGGAAAGAGACAGACGAGAAGUGCUUGAACACACUACCAUUUUACUGUAGCCAAGAUGAAGGCAAACGGGUGUUUAUACGACUGAAACUCAAGCCUGAUAGACAAGUGGACCUUACAGACCCUGAAAUAAGGGGAAACAUAUUAGAUGAGAUCAAUGGGAAAUUCAACAAAACUAGUCUUGGUGAUGUUGUCAAAAUACAGUGGACCACAAGUCUAGAAAGACCAGUAAAAGGCAAAGUCAACAUAACGUCUGCCAUUGAACAAAAUGAUGUCUGCAGCUGAAUUACUCAAUCAUUUUGGUUUAUUUUGAAUAUCUCUGCGAUAUACAACUGCAGUUGUUUCACUUAAUUAGAAAACUAGGUCCCACUUUAUAUUAAGUGGCCUUAACUAAUAUGUACUUACA